UUUCCUGUCGCGAUCCUCUGAAACAGGAUGCUUCUUCACACUCUUUUGUUCUCUCUUGUUACUCUGAGUGUCUGAGCUGGCAGCAGAAGAGGGGGUGAAAGGGCAUCUGCAAAUUUACCUUCUUCAUCUCCAUCCAACUUCUCCGUCUGGAUCUCUACUUUCUCUCCAUGGACGCCGUUAUCCCGUGACUUCUGCUCCUUUCUGAGAGUCUGAGAGCUCCUGUGUGGUUUGAUUACUCUGCUGGAGUUGAGGAUGGCUGUGACACUAACAGAGUUCACGCGUACGCUGGACCCUAAAACUCUGCCCAGGAUUCUGCAGAUUCAGUCCGGAUUUUACUGCCAAGGCUCUGUGUACGAGCUGUGUGGAACAGAGUGCUGUCUCUCCACGGGAGACCUGAUGAAGAUCGUUGACAUCAGCAUCACCAAGUUCAUCGCACACACUGCUGAUUCCACAGAGAUCAAACUGCCAUUAGAUUACCCAGGUCUUUUCAGGAUUGUGGUGGACCCUCAGCCGUAUCUGAGCAUCCAGGAGAUUGUGGAUUCUCUAAAGAUCAGCUCCCACAGACUGGGCCAGCAUACCUUCAUCUCAGCUGAUCAGAUCCAGCUUCCCCAGGACUCUGUGAAGGAGGGAGAGAGCUUCAGAAUCACAGCCGUCUCUACAGACCAGCAGAGCGGCGGUCAUGUUGACUGUGAGCUUCUCCACAGGGAGCCAAAGCUCAGCUUCAGGCUGGAGCUCUCACAGCAAGGCCACUUUACGGAGUGUGAAGACGACCAGUUUUACACCCUGCGGGAGCUGGCUGAGUGGAAGAUCCCCAAGGGCAGGAAGAGGACGGUGACGGCAGCCAAUGCUCCGCCCCCUAAGGAUGUGUUGUUUUCCACUCUACUGGAAAACAUUAGUGGGGAGUUGACGCUGACUCCUGUGUAUGAGCUCCAGGCUGUGAUGAAGAUCAGGAAAAGCAUUGCUCUCAUCCCCUCCAACAUGGACGUCGAGGUCAUGGAUGUGACGGAGCAGUUUGACGUAAACACGUUCAUACAGCCUCUUUCCCUUCAGGACGUCUUUCAUAAGCCUUCAGACAUCUUCCCAAUGGUGACUGAUGUGAUUGAAGGACCUUUGGUUGAGAUGCACGUGCCGGUGGAGAUGUUAAAUCUGCUGCAUUCGGAUCAAGUGAUCAUCCACAAGGCAUACGAAGCCAGGCGGAUCCUUGCUACGGAAAUUCGCCAGGAAUCGGCAAGACAUUUCCUCAUUCCCACGACCUACAAGGGGCGGUUUAAGCGGCGGCCUCGCGAGUUUCCCACAGCUUACGACCUAGAACAGGCCCGCAGCGACACUGAGCAGUUACAUGUGGUGGCCACAAGGGGCUUUGACUCAACCUACAGUGGAUUAGCUUCUGUGUUAGCAGGGGAUCAAUUCAUAGUGAAGAAAGGCAAAAUGAGCGAAGUCAACGGUAAUGGAAGCGCAGUGAAUUCCUUGAGUUGUGUAAAGAUCAAGGGGAAGGCUCAUGAACCUGUCCGUCUCCCGAUGUGCCUGGAUGGUGGAUUUAUGGAAGUUGUCCACGAUAAACGACAAUAUUCUAUUGAUGAGAUCUGCCAACGAUUCCCGCUUCCAUUUAACGUUAAAGUGUCCGUACGCGACCUCUCGUUUAAGGAGGACAUUUUGGCCAGCGUUCCCGGCCUACGCAUCGAGGAACAAAUCACUGACCGCUACCUCCUCAUCUCGACCCUUGACCAAUCCAGUUGCUGGGAGGUGCCUGUAAAUCGCAUUCACAUGUCCGUGCAUUUAGAGAAAAGCUGGACAGGUGGUGCUCCUACAGCUGGAGUGAAUUCAGCUGUUGAAAAGAUCUUUGAGGACUGUUACUACACCAUGAGAAGGUACGCCUUCACUACGGUAAUGCCCCCGCCAAGACCUCCCAAAAAACCCAAACAGCCUCCAGCAAGACCGGCCAAACCUCAGCCCAGUCCACGACCUGACAAACCCCUCUCUGCCAGCUGCUCUAUAAAGAGUCCUCAUCCCCCUGUGAUUAGCAGGGGCAACUCCACAGAUCGCAGAAACUCUACAGCAGGAAUUGAGAGAACAAUGCCUUUAAGUCCUGCUACCUUACCGAAACCUGUCCUGCAGAAAGCUGUCACAAGAGGCCAAAGCCUGGAGGACGUAUGUAUAAAAAUACCUGAUGAAGAUGACCCCCACGACUAUGAAUACAUUGAUGAAGAUGAACUCGAGAACAUCAGGAAGCAGUUCCAAGAACAGUCCAUUAGUAUUUCCACCAAAGGAAAGCCAAAUAAUACAAUAUAAUUACACUAUGUGAAUGACAGCAUGGGAGUACAUUCAUUAAAAAAAAUAAAUUAAGUGCUGGCGACAAGAAUAAAGUAUCAAAAAAUGGCCAGUUAUUUGCUAGUUGGUGCACCCAUACUUUUACCAACAGAAUGUAAAUGUAAAUGUAGGAUUUUUACAUUACUGCGUUUGAUUUAGGCUACUAUGUAGCUACCAGUGAAUCAUUGUAGUGGUCAGAAAUGACCUGCGGAACCCUUUUAGUGAGGUUUUUCAGAAAGUCUAACAAUUCAAAAUUAUAAUCCAUACAGUUCUGAUCCUCUUAACUAUAAUAUACUCAAUUAGCCACAAUGCACUAUGCUAAUUAAUCACUAAUUUUCUGAGAUUUGCUGAUGUGUUUUCUGAUACUGUUAUAAUUAAACAUGAAGUAUUGCUCACAGCAACAAAAAGAAAGAAAGAAAGAAAGAAAGAAAGAAAGAAAGAAAGAAAGAUAAACAUUAGCAGCCAGUAGCUUAAUUUGUGCAUAAACUAAUCACACAUCAGGCACAGAAUAUGUUUUAUCAGCAAUGGUGAACUUUAACACAGUGUUUUUUGGACUAACAUCCUGCAAAUAUUAGCACAUUUCAAAGAAAGUGCUAUGUUGCAUAAAGCUUUUUUUCUGCUUCUCUUCACCAUGAUAAUCUUUUCAAACCUUGACAUUUAACCUCAUAUGGAGACACUGCCAGUACCAUCUAGUGGUCACAUGACAACAUUACACUCAAUUGAUCGAAAACAAUACGGCCAGAAUCUCAUUCAAAUGUUUCUUUUGCUAGUCCAGGCAGAAACACGGGCCAGGUAAAAAUUCUCAUUGAAUUUUACGUUUGAAACUAUUUUAUUUACUUACUGUAGAAACCUAAAAUGUAGUUUUUGGACUAAUUUGGUCCUUCUGAUCCUAAAUGGCAAGGAUCAUUUAUAAAUGUUAAAUUAAACUUAUGUCCCCAUAUAAGGACACUGAUGUUUUCUGUUUUUUUUUUUUUUUUUUUUUUAGGCCCUACUAAUCCCAAAUAGCUAUGAGAAAUUAAAAAUGCACACCAAGCAAAAAAACUCUUAGGAGUCUUAGGAGGUUAAUUUUAACACAAUUUACUACCAAAUGCUGUUUUAUAUUGUGUAUUUAUAUCAGAAUGUAAAGAUGUAAAGGUUAUGUCCAUAUUUAGGUAUUAUAUUCUUUGGCAUCCUUUUGAAAUAAAGCAUUGAAUGAA